AUAAAGCAUCAUAUGGCUGAACAAUUUGCUCUGGGAAGUGCAGUUAAAAGCCACCAAUACUUGAGAAUGAAUUUCCUCUCAUCAACCAAGUUUUACAUGGCAACAAACAAGAGUGAUAUGUUAGAUCUCCAACCUCGAUUUGAGAGGGCAACAUUUUCAAUCUCUCCACCGGUGGCCACAUUUUGGGUUGCAGCAAACAAAAAACAGUGUCAUACCUUCUUCUCCUCUGGCCAGGGAUUUAACCUGGAAAAAAACAGCUUCUCCAUGGUCGCAUUGAGUACAACGAACAGACUUUGUACGUGGAAGAGUAGGAUCUGCAGCUACAUCCUGCAGCACUUGAGUGCGCUCCCCAACAGAAUGAUGUAUCUCAUUUCUAUAGACACAUUUAUUAUCUGCAGCCUCCAGAAAAUGACGAGUAACUGAUCAACAGGUAUGUGGCUGAGCAUACUCAUGUGAAAUUGGAUGCAAUUCCUCCAUAGCAAAAACAUCAGCAAUUAAUUUUUAUAAGAAAGCAUAGCAGUGUAAAACAAACUUUAUAAUCGAAGUGCAAAAAAAUGAGAACAGAAACACUGGCAAUAAAACCAACAUGGGUUCAGAAAAGUGCUAUAAUGAAAAUAUAUUCUAAACAAAAACCACUGCGCCUUAAGUCAUAGGCAUCUGUCUGGCUACCUUGGACUUAUUGGCUCCAAGAUUUUGGGCAUUUAAACAGUAUGGAGGCAGAGCAGCCACACAAUACUAACUAACCAAAAUAAGUAUAACAUACCUAGAUGGUCGAGUUUUUCAAUCAUCAAAUAACUUACGGUAUUACAAAGUGAGGACAAUUUGCCCUUGAAUCGACAUGCAUCAAAAUUAUAAAACCCAAAAUACUAAGAAAACGUGAUUGAGGAAUAGAAUAUCAUAUGCACGUUUCUUCCAAACCAAUUAGAUUUCAUUUACAUAAUAAAAUGAACAUGAUGGUAAUGAAUGUAUUCUAAUUUAUCAACAGCAGUUGGGUUCAAUGGUGAGAGACUUGACACAAUUUAAGCAAAAUCUUGAAUUUGAGCUUUGUGGACGGAAGAAAAACCGCAUUGGAAGAGCUUCCCCCUCACUGGAGCUCAACCCAACUCAAAGCCAGAUCAAUUGGCAGUAUUGGAUGGGGUGGUUAAUCACCAAAAAAGAAACAUAUAAUUUUGAUGCAUUUUAUCAACAUUGAGAUGAAGGUUAAAAGGCAUCCUUUAACCCUCUUUGAAGCCCAAAAAUAUUUUGGAGAGGGUGAAAUUUGUUUUUAGGAAAUUAAAUAAUGGCAGGAGCUUUAUAAGCAGAAUCAAUUAGCAUAUACCAAAAGACUUGACAUUUCAAAAGGACAUAAUGAGUCAAUUUGCAUUUGACUUUGGGUAGAAGACAACGGAAAUGGACUAUUACGAAGAAUGGAAUGUGAGUCGCGGAGUGAAAAUAUAAGAACAGCAGUUCCACAGAAGUCCAAUGAUUCAGUCCCUUGACUCAAAAAUGAACGUAAACAAGUGCUAUUCGUAUACUAAAUCAACCAAGAAAAAAUACAUCAGAUUUCAAAAAUUAUAUUCCAUCUUAUAAAAAAGAUUUGAGUAGAUGAUCUUGUUCGCAUCAAACUCAGUGUAGAAAAAUGUAGCUCUUCUAUAGUGCAAUCUUCCAUAUAUAGAUUACUAAACAAACCAAGGCAUCUGAGCCUUGGCAUUCUAGAAACAUUUAAUCGGUAGAAUCUUCAAUCAAAAUUCAUAAUUAAGCUCCUCAAUAGCAAAAAUACAUCAGAAGGAGUAAAUAGUCAGAGCGGAAACCCAUAAGUUCUUUCUCUAAUGAGGCAUAUUGCUUCGAGAGAAACAUGUCAUCAGAGUAAACCUAAAAAUAGUUGGAUAAGUAACUAGAGUGUCUAUUGAGUAAGUCUAACACUUUGCAGCAACGCAUGAACAAGAAGGAAGGUUAAAGGGAAGAGG